AUGGCAAUUGACGAGAAAGACGAGAUGCAAGCAAAACCAACCCCAACCAACCCCGAGGAGUCCGGUCCCCGGCCUGUCAUCCAACACAAAUCUUCCAGUCGCACAUGGCUGUUGUUUCUCUUCGCCCUAGUCGGAGCAGGAUGGCUGCUUUGGCCCCGCUGUCCGCACUGGAUGCUCCGCAAGCCCGCCACCCUGCAAGAUCGCGUGUAUAACAUCCUAACAAACACCCCGCUGAUUGAUGGUCAUGAUGACUUCCCCAUCUUGAUCCGCCAAGAGUAUCACAACCACAUCUAUGGCUCCAAUUUCACCGAGUCUUUUAUCCACGGGAAUCUUUCCGGUCAUGUCGAUCUGCCUCGCCUAAAGCGCGGCUAUGUUGGAGGCACUUUCUGGAGUGUCUUUGUUCCAUGCCCCGCAGAUGGCAUGGACUUUUCGGAUGAGAAUUAUGCACCGAGUGUCCGGGAAACCGUCGAACAGGUUGAUCUCAUGUCGCGUGUGCAAAAGGCCUAUCCCGAGAUCUUCUCGAGGCCGCCCAACGGCACCACCGCUUUGCAGGCGUUCCGGGAGGGUAAGAUCAUCUCUCCGCUAGGCAUUGAGGGUCUACAAUCCAUUGGCAACUCCCUUGCCCAUCUCCGCAUGUUCUAUGAUAUGGGUGUCUCCUACGCAACAUUGACCCACAACUGCCACAAUAAGUAUGCCGACGCGGCUCUCGUCGAGCUGCCGGGCGGCGGCAUCAAAAAGGCGGACCCGAUUUGGCAUGGUGUGAGCCCGGCUGGGCAAGACCUCAUCUAUGAGAUGAACCGUCUAGGAAUGAUCAUUGACCUGGCUCAUGUUAGCGUGCAGACCAUGCGCGAUGUUCUGGGUGCUGGCAAGAGCGAAUGGCCUGGCAGUCGAGCUCCAGUCAUCUUCAGCCACAGCUCGGCACACGCUCUGUGCCCGCAUCCGCGUAAUGUACCAGACGAUGUGCUGGCGUUGGUUCAGAAGACCAAGUCUAUCGUCAUGGUUAAUUUUGCUCCGGACUUUAUCUCUUGCACCGCUUCAGACAACGAAAAUGGUCUGCCCGAUACGGAUAUGGAACACGCGACCUUGGAGCGGGUGGCAGAUCACAUCAUGCACAUUGGAUCUGUCGUUGGAUUUGACUACGUCGGGCUGGGAAGUGAUUUCGAUGGUAUUCCUACUACGCCACGGGGCUUGGAGGACGUAUCCAAGUUCCCGGACCUGAUUGCCGAGCUGCUGCGCCGUGGUGUUAGCGAUGAGGACGCAGGUAAGGUGGCUGGGGGCAACCUUUUGCGCGUAUGGCGGCAGGUUGACCAAGUUGCCCUCGAGAUGCAAGCCCGCGGAGAUCACCCGGCUGAAGAUUAA